AUGAAGUUCCAAGCCACCCUAGGUAGUCUGCUUAUCCUCGCUGGUGCUGUCCAGGGUGAGCACGAAGCGCCCUGGAACAGGCGGCUUAAACGACAAGUCACAGUCACAGUCUCAGGUCCAGCUGCUGUUCCUUCUAGCUCAGCAACUGCUCCUGCGCCCAUCAGUGCUACUUCUUCGGGUCCCGUACCGGCUGGCACUGGUGCAAACUGCGGAAAGGGCUACACCUACUGUGGCUACAUGCUACAGACUGGCGGACACAACUUCGCGCAGGACAUCGUUCACAAAGCAUACUGUGAUGCCCUUCCUAGCGGUUGCACCAACGGCGUGCCCAAGACGGAUGCCAACCAAGCUGUCUACCUCUGUAUGCAGGAUAGCCCUGCCAGCAUCCAAUUAAUGUGUGCUUGCAGCGGCAAGUGCCUCAAUGAGAAGGCGAGCAACAACAUUGCGCAUUGCGACAAGGCUUGCAACAACGGCGACAAGUGCUUGUAG